GUCAAAAUGAGCCAACAACAGCCAAGAAGACCCGCCGGUGAUCACCCGGAGCCGAUCAAGUACGGCGACGUUUUUCCUGUUCACGGUGACCUUGCUCAGAAGCCGAUCACACCCGAGGAUGCUGCGGCCCUGCAGGCCACUGAGACCGCCCUCCUCGGCAAGACCGUCAAGGGCGGUGCUGCUGCGCUGAUUCAAUCUGCUGCUGCCAAAAAUGAGAUGGCUGGCCUUUUGGAUCACGGCGGUGGCGAUGGUGGUAAUGUUGAUGCCGACGAAGUAAGCAUUACCCAGAGGGAGAUGCCCGGGAGGAGGGUUAUUACAGAGUCAGUUGGUGGACAGGUUGUGACGCAACACAGCCAGAGGGUUCCUAUAGCGCCAUUAUCGACCAUGAAUCCACUGGAAGAGGGCGGAGGAGGAAUCACGAUCGGUGAAGCAUUGGAAGCAACCGCCAUAGCGGUGGGGCAGAAGCCAGUGGAAUGGAGUGAUGCCGCCGCAAUCCAGGUGGCGGAGGCCAGGGCAACUGGCCGGAUGAAUAUAGCUCCGGGAAGUGUCGCCGCCAUUGCACAAUCGGCAGCCACGACGAAUGCUCGAUUAACACGAGAUGAGGACAAGACUAAAAUUGCCGACGUUCUGAAGGAUGCUCGAUUGAAGUUGCCGGCAGAUAAACCAGCGACGCGGCAAGAUGCGGAGAAGGUGGCCGGAGCUGAGAUGCGAAAUGACCCGCUUCUCACGACACAUCCUACGGGUGUUGCCGCCUCCGUGGCGGCCGCCGCUAGGCUGAACGAGAACAACAAGUAGGACCAAACAUGGAGUUGGUUUGUGUGUAUGUAAUAAAUAUGUUUUGUUUUCCUUCCAAACAGUGAAUUGGAGUUUUAUGGUGUUUUAAGAAAUUUGAAGCUUUAACUU